AUGGCACUAGCCUGCAUUGUUACGUUUCUCAGCUUAGCGUAUAUCCUCAGUGCUAUGCACCUGCAUUGUGAACUCCUGCUUCCACAAAUCCCAGACAACACUACAGCAUCCAAGCUGCUGGGGAAAUGGUUCUACAUAGCUGGUGCCUCUCAGUUCCCCUUUCACCUGCUGGAAAUGGUGCUGAUAAAUAAUGGUUAUCUUGAUGUGAACCCUACUGAGCAGGAGCAGGAGUUACUCAUCAACCAGCAUGUCACAGUCGGGGACAAAUGUUUCUCAAGCAACUCAACUUACCUUGAAGUCUCUAUCAAUAAUGCCACACUGAUCAAGUAUGCCAAGAACCAACGCACCAUGGGGAAGCUUAUGAACAGCAGUUCCAAAGAGAUUUUCCUCAUUCAAUACCAGAUGCAUAAGGAGAAGAACUACACAGGAUUGUAUCUUUAUGCCCGGAACCAAAACAUGAGUAAAACCCAGUUGGAGGAAUUCAGAGACCACGCUAAAUGUCUGGGCCUUCGUGAAGAGGAAAUAAUUUAUGCACCAUGGCAGAAGAAGGAGCUGUGCCAAAUGAAGGAAACCAGACAAACGAUUCCCCAGACAAGGAGACCCCAGAUGCAGUCCUAG